UUCCAACACCAAUUACCAUGCUCUCCCUUACUGUUCUCCUUCAGCAGCUCCGUUGAGCUUAACCUUCCCUGCUCUUCCCAUUUCUAAAACCCACAUUUUUGUUUGAAUUAGGGUUCAUUUCUUCCUACUUCCAUGGAUAGGCACAGGGGAGACCGCUAUGGCGGCUCCACCAACAACACCUCCACAACCGCUUACAACCAAGACUCCUACCAUAAUCGUAGACCCUCUCGCUUUUCAGAUGGCCCCCCUCGAUAUUCUGAUGCUCCUGUCAAUCGCUAUUCCACUAACGGUAGCAAUACUUCCACCAAUUAUGACCGCCGGAGCCCCAACGACUAUCGUGAUGGUGGUGGUUUUCGCCGCGCUUUCGACAGUCCUCCUCGUCAUCCUCCUCCUGCAGGUGGAGCUGGUGGUAUAGGAGGAUUUGGACCUUUCGGAGGCGCUGGUGCUGCCGGUAGUGGAGGAUUUCGGCCAAUGGUCGGCGGAGGAGGAGGAUUUGGGUCUAAUUACCAGGCGCUCCCACCACAGCCUCCGUCUCAGCACCUAUCGGGACAGAAACGAGGGUUUGCUAGCCGGGGAAGUUCUCCUGGUCCUGAUCGGUUUGAUGGUGGUAGCUUUGCCAAACUAUUUGUGGGAUCUGUUCCAAGGACUGUUACUGAAGAAAAUAUUCGCCCCUUGUUUGAACAACAUGGAAAUGUGAUUGAGGUCGCAUUGAUCAAAGAUAAGAGAACAGGACAGCAACAAGGUUGUUGUUUUGUUAAAUAUGCAUCAUCUGAAGAAGCUGAUAGGGCCAUCAGAGCAUUGCACAAUCAGCAUACUCUGCCUGGAGGAGUAGGCCCUAUACAAGUAAGAUAUGCUGAUGGGGAGCGAGAGCGCCUUGGUGCAGUUGAGUACAAAUUGUUUGUGGGGUCACUGGACAAACAAGCUACAGAAAAGGAAGUUGAGGAAAUAUUUUCACCAUACGGCCAUGUUGAAGAUGUCUAUCUCAUGCGUGAUGAAAUGAAGCAAAGCCGGGGAUGUGGAUUUGUUAAAUACUCUCAUAGAGAAAUGGCAAUGGCAGCUAUAAAUGCUCUUAAUGGAACAUACAGAAUGAGAGGUUGUGAUCAACCAUUGACUGUUCGUUUCGCUGAUCCUAAGAGGCCUAGGCCUGGAGAUUCAAGGGGUAGUCCUGCAUUUGGAGGUCCAGGCAUUGGCCCUCGAUUUCAAGCUCCAGGACCUAGACCGGUGCCGAAUUUUGGCGACCCAAUGGGCGAUCGAGGUCCACCUAAUGCUUGGCAUCCCAUGAGUGCAGAGAAUAUGGAUCCUUCCUCUAAUGCUGGUUUCCGCGGUUUUGGGAGUCGGUUGCUUCCUAAGUCUGGUGACCUUGCGACGCCUCUAAAUCAGGGUGGUCCCUUGGCUGGCGCUUCUGACGGUGCUCCUCCUGGAAAUGUUUCUUCUGCUGCACAACAAAAUUUUAACCAGCAUUUGCAGCAAGUACCACCAGCUGGCCAGCAAAUUUCUCCACUACAGAAACCCCUCCAAUCUCCACAGCAUUUGCCGCCUCUUCAACUACACCCUCAAGUUACAUCUUAUUCGCAGACACAAUCUUCCUAUGUUGGUCAGUUGCAUGCUCCCCCUACUGCUGGUCAAACAACUUUCAGUCAAGUGCCGCUAUCACAGCAGUAUCAUGGUAUUAGUGGACAGUUGUCUGCUUCUCAACCUCAGCUCCAACAGGGCCCUUCAACUGGUACACCAUUACAAGCACCUUUCAAUGUCAACCUACAAUCCCAUUCUGUGUCUGCUGGGACAAAUCAACCGCAGAUUCCGGCUCCUGUCCAGCAGCAAAUGCUUCAGCCCCUUCAUCAGUCCCCUUCUCAGUUAGCUCAGAUGCUGUCACAACAGACACAAACUCUGCAAGCAACCUUUCAGUCAUCUCAACAGGCAUUCUCACAGCUGCAACAACAAUUGCAGAUGAUGCAACCAUCAAGUCAAGGUUCAACAUUGCAGCAAAGCCCUCAGCCGACUAAACAGCAGUGGCCAGGGAUUCCACCACAAACAGUUGCAAGUACGCCAACUACUACACAGGCUGCUGAUGUACCUCCAUCUACUUCUGGACCUGGUGCGGCUGUAUUAGCUCAGCCAGUGGCUCCUGUGAAGUGUAAUUGGACAGAGCAUACUUCUCUUGAGGGGUUCAAGUACUAUUACAACAGUGCAACUCGGGAAAGCCGGUGGGAGAAACCAGAGGAGUUGACAUUAUUUGAACAACCACAGAAGCAGCAACUGCAACAGAAACCUCCCAUUCAACAGCCUCAAGUUCUGCCCACUCAGCAAGUGCCACAGGCACAACAGAUGCUAGUUCAAGCUCAGUUCCAGAACCAGUUUCGCCACCAACAGCAGCUGCAACAGCCUUCCUUUCCUUCAUCUUAUGCUGCUUCUGGAGUUAGAGUUCAACAAGAUGCUCAGGAACUUGGUUAUACACAAUUACCAGCUAAUUCAGUCACUGAUCCUACACGCUUCCAGGGGCUUCAGGCUGCCCAGGAUUGGAUGUGGAAGAGUAAGGCAGCAGGUUCUGGAAUAUGAAGUGGAAGAUUGGGUUGUAAGGCAGCAGAUGCUAUUCAGAUGCAUGGUGAGAUAAUGGUGGCGAGCUCAGUGACAAAGUAAGGCAUCAACAGCAGUCGUUGUGAAGUUCAAAAUGAGAUGAAGCUGGAAUGGUUUCUGCAGUCUGUAUCUGUAGUUUUCUUAGUUAAACUCUGGGAAUUACCAUCUCAGUUACUGAGUGAUCAAAUUGAGCAUGUGCCCCAUGAGAAAAUGAGGCAACGUAUGCCCCAACUGUGUAUUUGAAGUAAAAAUGUUAUAUAACAUCUCACAGUAGUUGUUCUAA